AUGUAUAUCAAAUUUCGACAACCACCCUAUUGGGUGCUAUUACUGAUCUUUUGCUCCUUUGUGACCAUCUAUGCCACUUACUGGAUGUUUCUUUGUAUUCUCUUUCGAGAACGGGUCCGCUCAGCACAUCCCAUUGAACCUUCCACAGUCGCUAUUGCACCCAGUUCACACCGUGUCAACCCAAGCUCUUCUACACUACGCCCUAAUGCUGAUCAACACAGUGCCAACAGUACUCAUGGCCUCUCCAUUGACAUUCCCCCCACGUAUGAAAUGGCAUUGAACCAGACUGCAGUUGAGGUGCCUCCCCAUUCACCACCAUCGUAUCAUUCAGCCAAAGAAGACGAGGAGAACAACCCAUCACAACACAACAUGCACCAUGCUGGAUAA